UGAGGCCACCGGCGUGCCACCGGCCAUUCCCCACCGGCCACUCAAUUCUAUUCCUCCACCAAUGACUCUGCCGCUCCGACUUUCCUCGAAUCUCUUUUGAGUCUGGCAGCGCUGGCUACUGUACCCCAGCGUCAUGCUUCGGUUAGGAUAAAUUAAAUCGUGGAGAAAUCUAACGAGCUUGGGGCACGCUAAGGUGUGCAGACCUGGUUCUUCACGGUUUAUGCUCCGUCCACAGGCUAACUGUCGGCAAUGGGCAGGGCACGCAUGACUGCUGCCAUCUUUUCAUCCAUUCCACUCCUUUCGACGCCCAUAAAAAGGCGCAUGGGGGCCCUUCUUCCUCAUGUUCUUGUCUGAAAGUACACUGCCUGACUAAAACCCCCUCUCAGCUCAAUCGUCAUGUUCGCUUCUCUGCUGCUGGCUGCGCUGCCCCUUCUUACCCACGCCGCGCUCACCUAUCGCGGCGCAGACAUCUCUUCUCUCUUGCUGCUUGAAGAUGAGGGCUAUAGCUAUAAGAAUCUCAAUGGCCAAACCCAAGCCUUAGAGACAAUUCUCGCCGAUGCUGGCAUCAAUUCCAUUCGUCAGCGUGUGUGGGUGAACCCCAGCGACGGCAGCUACGAUCUGGACUACAAUUUGGAGCUGGCCAAGCGGGUCAAGGCGGCUGGCAUGAGCCUUUACCUGGACCUGCACCUGAGUGACACAUGGGCGGAUCCUAGCGACCAGACGACACCUUCCGGCUGGUCCACGACCGACCUCGGUACUUUGAAAUGGCAGCUGUACAACUACACGCUAGAAGUAUGCAACACUUUUGCGGAGAACGAUAUUGAUAUCGAGAUCAUCUCGAUCGGCAAUGAGAUUCGUGCCGGUCUCCUCUGGCCUCUGGGCGAAACGAGCAGCUAUUCGAACAUCGGCGCACUGCUGCACUCGGGUGCUUGGGGAGUGAAGGAUUCCAACCUGGCGACCACGCCCAAGAUCAUGAUCCAUUUGGACGACGGCUGGAGCUGGGAUCAGCAGAACUACUUUUACGAGACCGUUCUGGCCACGGGCGAGCUGCUGUCCACGGACUUCGACUACUUUGGUGUUUCCUACUACCCGUUCUACAGCGCGUCGGCAACUUUGGCAUCCCUGAAGACUAGUCUGGCGAACCUGCAGUCGACCUACGACAAGCCGGUGGUGGUUGUGGAGACGAACUGGCCGGUCUCGUGCCCGAACCCGGCGUACGCAUUCCCCUCGGAUCUGAGCUCGAUCCCCUUCUCGGUCGCGGGCCAGCAGGAGUUCCUCGAGAAGUUGGCAGCCGUGGUGGAGGCCACUACUGAUGGUCUGGGAGUGUACUAUUGGGAGCCAGCCUGGAUCGGCAAUGCUGGGUUGGGUUCGAGCUGCGCUGAUAACCUGAUGGUGGAUUACACCACGGACGAAGUGUACGAGAGCAUCGAGACUCUCGGAGAGCUCUGAAAAGGGGCGAAAGAUAAGAUUUUUGACUUUUGUAGGAUACUAGUAUGAUUCAGGAUGUUGAUGCGUCUGGAAAUUGUG